UUCCACGAAAUCAACGAUGGACGUUCAUCGCCACCGUCGAAUUCAAGGCCGAUCACCCAAAUCCGACGGCCAGAAAGAAACCUCCAAAAAGAGCAGCAACAAUGCACUCAAAGUUAAGUACAUCUCCAGCCCCAUGAGGGUCAAGACAAGCCCCUCCCGGUUCCGAUCCAUAGUCCAGAAACUCACCGGAAAAAACUCCGAUGCCGAGCGCUGCAUCGCCGCCGCUGACUACGAUGACAGGUUUCACGAGGUUACCGAUGAUUUCAUAGGCACGCCAUAUGCGGAGACGAUGGAGAGGCACGGUCGAGACGGGUUUUAUCCGGUCGGAGUUUUUUCGUCGACAUUGCCGCCGACAGAGGUUUCUCCGGGGAUGUAUUAUCCUUAUCAGAUGGAAUUUCUGCAAAGCUAUGAUCAGCAUAUGCAAAACUUGUAAUAAGCUUGUUUUUUCAACUUCUUUUUCGAAGUUUUCGAGUAUUACGAAGAAAUUUGUUAAGAACAAUGUUUCAAUGUC